UGAAAUUCACUGGCCUGAGUGCAAAACUUACUACUAUACAAACUGAACAAGAAGAAACCAUCCCUAAGAAUAUUAGAGACCAAAUGACCAAAGAGAUAGAAGAGUGGAAAAUGAAAGACAAGAAAUUUGUACCUACAAGAGCCAGCGCUUAUGUUUCAGAUCAGCUGAAUAAAAAGAGCUGCGUGACAUUGACCGGCAGUCCAGGCGUGGGAAAAACAUUCCUAGCUCGACACAUCGCCCUUGAUAUCCAAUCAGAAGGAUAUAGGAUUGUCUUAGUUCUUACACCAACAGAUAUAAGGGACUAUUAUACACCCGGGAAACGAACUAUUUUUCUUGUAGAUGAUAUAUGUGGUAAAUUUAUUGCAAACCGAUCACAGCUUGAGAAUUGGCAACAAAUGUUACCAAAAAUAGAACAAAUACUUGCAGACAACUGUUGCAAAAUUAUUGCAACUUGUAGAUUACAAGUCUAUAGGGAUGAUAAAAUAAGUUUAUUGGAGCCUUUUAAGAUAUGUGAAUGCAAUUUAAACUCAAAAGAAAUAUGUCUUACACAAUCAGAGAAAACAAAUAUAAAAGAAAAGUACUUGCCUACCAAAAACUUAGAUGACAUUGCACAAGCAAGUGAUUUUUUCCCUCUUUUAUGUUCCCUGCAGUGGCUUCCUCAAAAUGAGGGAAUAGAUGUUAGAAACUUAUUCAAAAGUCCGUUCGAAUUUUAUAAAACAGAAUUAGACAAUCUAAAUAGAUGUGGUGAUGAAGGCAAGAAAAAAAUAUGCAGUCUUGUUUUAUGUGUACUUUUCAAUAAUUUUCUGGAGAAACAAUGGUUCGAAGGAAGCGUAACAGAUGCACAGCGCAAAGUUUUAGACGAUGUAUUUUUAACUUGCAGACUGAAUGCAGGUACACCAAAGACUGAACUUAUGGAUGCAUUAGAUACAUUAGAUGGUUCGCUAGUUUGUAAAAGGAAUUCAACAUACAGUACCAUACAUGACAAAAUUUUUGAUUUUUUGGCUCAUUACUUCGGUGGAAAAAUGAUUCGAUGUUUGAUAGAUCAUUCUCAUUCCUAUUUCAUAUAUGAACGGUUUCAGUGGACAAAAUCGAAAAACCCAAGUACAAAUGAAUUCGCUAUUGAGUUAACUGAUGAAAACUUGCAUUGUUAUUUGGAUAGAUUAGUGAAUGACUGGUCCAAAGGCAAAGUAACAGUCGUAAUUUCCAACUCAAAUAUGAAUAAUGAAUCAUUUAGAAAUCAAUUUUUAUCUCAUUUACACCAACUUGAAAAAACGCAGCAAGUGAAACUGGCAAAUACACAAGAUACCUUUGAAAUCAAGAAAUGUGGUACUUCUGGAAGCUAUCCAAUGAUACUUGCUUGUUUUGAAGGUUACAUUGAUUUUGUUCAUUGGCUGUUGGGCAAUGUCGUGGAUGUGAAUCAAUGUAGAGAUGAUGGCAAUACCUCAUUGUUAAUGGCUUGUUAUAACGGUCACAGAGAUACCGUUUCCCUCUUGUUAAAGAAGAAUCAUUGUAUUAACGUAUGUAAUGAAAAUGGACUUACUCCUCUUUUCAUUGCAAGUGAGAAAGGUUAUACCGAAAUAGUGAAAUCAUUGCUGGAACGUAAUGCUGAUGUCAAUCCUAAUAUGAAAGAUGAGUUACUUGAAUUAUCACCGUUACUUCAAGCUACUGUGUCGGGUCACUACGGUAUAGAUGGAUAUUCGCCUCUUAUAGUGGCGUGUCAAAAUAACCACACGGAAAUAGUACGUUUAUUGCUAAACAAUAAAGCAAAUGUAGAUAUGAGAACGUACGUCGGUGUUACCGCUAUAACGUUAGCUUCAGCAAAUGGAAAUACCGAAAUCACUCGGUUACUUUUAGAUUCCAAUGCUGAUAUAAAUGCAUGUAUUCACAAGAAAGAGUUAAUAGAAAAAAAUGUGUUGUUCCGUCCUUGGAAAUCAUUGGAAAAGUUGAAGCAAAAUAUAUUCGACUUAGUCCUUGGAAAGGGAGUGCCUAGAUUUCAACAGUAUGCCCGCUUAAAGUCAAAAGAUUAUAUCUUUGAUUUAGUUGCAGGAUCAUCUGCCUUGCAUAUUGCUUGUUGUUUGGGUCAUUCAGAAGUAGUUGAAUGUCUUUUGAAAUAUAAUGCCUCUGUUAAUAUUAUUAUAUUAUGCAUGCAAACUUGGACAUGA